AUGUCUUCGGCAAGCGAUAGCGAAGACCAAGAUUUUGAAAGUGCUGACGAAGGUGAAGAAACCCACCGCCAACAAUGCCAUGAGGAUGGCCCAAAUAAAGCAGAAGAGACAUCAAAAACAAGUCUGGUCGAUAUUACUUCAAUGCCACAAGAUACUGAUGGAAAGACGAGCGAAGAAGAGAAUCCAUCUGAACUUCUUUCUGACCAAGGAAAGGAGGACAAUAACAAUAGCAAAGAAGAGACGGAAACUGAUCAAAAAUGCCAACCAAUCACUGAAAUUAUACAAGGAUCACAAGCACAGCAACAAUCACAUGAAACAAGUGAAACAACUGAGGAAACAGAAACACAACAAGAAUUGCAUGAAACAACUUGUGAUACAAAAAGUUCAACAGAACCAGCCAAGCAAGUAGAAACACCGUCGACGCCUGAAAAAAUCAUCCAGGAUCAAAAUAGCCAAGAGAAGGCACAAAAUGAUGAGCUAGAGGUGGUUAACGAGCCUAUCGAGAAGAAGGAUCCUAUAGAUAGAUCGGAUAUACACGAUACCAAGCAAAAUAGGACUAAUGAUGAAAUGCAAGACAAGCAGAAAAGUCCUCAAGCCAACGAGCCUCAGCAAUCGCAGAAGAGUGGAUGGGGUUGGGGAUUUUCUUCCUGGAUUUCUUCUGCUUCUGAUACCGUCGCCAAGAUAUCACAACAAGCACACACUAUAGGUCACACAGUUUUAGACACAGUGGAAUCAUCGUUAGGUGUACCAGAUCCUGAGAACCUUGCAGAGCAGAAUCAAUUGAACAAAAAGGAUGAAGGUUGCUUAUAG